CUAUGGUCUACGAACUGAUAAUUCUAUAUAGUAUUGUUCUAUCCAGCAGCUGCUGCUGUGGUACAGUGUAUUGAUCACGGACAUAUAUACGUAUUUACGUCCGUGGUAGUAAUAUUACUAAACAUUACUCCGAAAGUUGUCAAAUUCGAUUGUAUUAAGGUGGGUAGUGAAUUAACAUAAUAUACUUAUUUAUGAAAGAAAUUGCAUUACAUUUUGUUUUUUAAAAGUAAUUAAUGACAAAUGUGUAAAAGUGGAUGAUAUGGAGAUGAUUAAAAUAACCAUAAAUGAAGAAGAUUUGUUUUAUAAAACUCCUACAGACGAGUUCUUAGACUACCUAUGGUAUUGUUUGGAAUUUGUUCAAAAUAAUGGAUGGUACAUUCUGGCUUUUAUAAUAUUGUUGGCAUAUUUAGUCUCUAAAUUAUGGCCUCGUUAUUUAAAAUGGUCAGAACAGCGAGCAGUAGCUGCAUAUGAUGCUGACAUUAAAAAAAAUCCAGAUUUAUAUAAACAAAAACAAGAAGAACUACAAAAAGCUCGAGCAAAAUUCCAAGAAGAAUAUGAGAAAAAGGCUAAGUUAGCACUUGAAAAACAAAAAGAAAAAGAGAAAAAAAUAUUAGAAGAAAAACAAGCAUUAUUAAAUAAUGGAACAGAUGGACAAUCAAUCAAUAGUUCUGAAAAACCAAAAAAAUCAAAACCAGAUUACAAUCCUUUAAUGGGAUCUGGCAGUGGUUCCAAUUAUAGACCUCCAAGGAGAAGUGCAUGUUCUGGAGGUGGGUGUGGAUAAAAAUGAAAAUAUAUAAAAAUAAAUAUCCUUAUCAAAUAACUAGUAUCUGUUUAAAAUUUAUAUUUCAUAUUACUUAUUGAACUUAUUUCUUCAGUAUAUAUUAUAAAAAACUUGCAGUACAUUGAAUCUACAGUAGUGUAAACAUUGUAAAAUGUUAUGUUUUGGUCAUAAUUUAUAAAUAUACAUCUCAAUAUUAAUCUGAAAACGUAAUAUUAUUAUUUAUGUCACUAAGAAUUUUAAUAUUUGUUAUAAGUAAUAAUCUUGGAGUUUAUACUUAUUGAUUUUAAAAUAAGGUAUGUAAUAAAUUAACAAUAAAGGGAUUAAUAAAAAGCAAAAAUAUGUAGAUUGUA